AUGAGAUAUUUUUCCAAAUGUUCUGCAGGCCUGUCUGGUGUUGAAGUGAAGUCUGUGUCAGUGAUGGAGGGUGAUCCUGUCACUCUAAACACUGAUCUUACUGACGUACAGGAAGACCUUCAGAUACUGUGGCUAGUUGGACCUAAAGAGAUUCGCAUAGCUGACAUUCGUAGACAGAAACCCAAUACAUACAUUGAAACUGGAAGAUAUGGAGACAAACUGAAGCUGGACAGUCAGACUGGAUCUCUCACCAUCACAAACAUCAGAAUCACAUACACUGGACUUUAUAAACUAGAGAUCAUCAACAGCAGAGAGACGUCAGAAAAGAAAUUCAAUGUUACUGUCUAUGCUCGUCUGCCUGUUCCUGUCAUCAUCACAAACUCUUCUCAAUGUUCUUCAUCAUCAGAAAGAUCUUCAGCCUCAAAAUGUGUGUUGUUGUGUUCAGUGAUGAAUGUGACACAUGUGAGUCUCUCCUGGUACAAAGGAAACAGUUUAUUGUCCAACAUCAGUGUGUUUGAUCUCAACAUCAGACUCUCUCUACCUCUGGAGGUGGAAUAUCAGGAUAUAAACACAUAUAGAUGUGUCAUCAACAAUCCCAUCAGAAACCACACACAACAUCUAGACAUCAAUCACGUCUGUCAGCCAUGUUUAGGUAUGUGA